AUGCUAUUUUCCCCAAGUUCCUCCACCUGGCAUGAUACCGUUCGAAAAUACCAGAUUGCAGCUGAUCAGUUCCUCGAGACUCAGGCCUACCAAAACGAAUUAGUUGGCCAGAUUGAGGGACUGCUUGCUAAGGAGCAUGUGCAUAUCAGCCAGCAACACAAGUUGGAGGGAAAAAUCCGGAGAUAUGAGGACAAUAUGCAACGACUGACUGAAGAAAAUGCCCUCAAUUCACAAAACAGCUCUGCCGCCGGCAUCUCCACAAUUUAUCCAAGCGACUCUGCGUCACAUGCAGCCAAUACCUCGCAAGCAAAAUCUGUUGUAUUCACCCAUGAAUCUCUUCCCCGCCCUGACAAAUACCUGUUUGAGGUUUUAUGGCAUUUUGACGACUGCAAGGAGGAUGAGGAUAGUGGGUUAACAGCUCAGAAUCCCGCUCGACCCGCAAUGGAGUGUGCAAUCCGACAUGCGGAUGGCACCAUGAUUACUUCCAAUGAAUGGUCUGCCAUCAAAGCCAGCACCCGUCUUGCUCAAUUCAAGCUUGAGCAGCUACCUCUGCCAAAGCACUAA